AUGGCUGUCAUUCCUGCUUUGACGUACGCCUCAGAGACUUGGAUCUUACGAAAGCAGGAUGAACAUGCUGUCAGCGUUACUCAAUGCGCUUUGGGAAGAAUGAUGCUCGGAAUUUCUUUAUACAUGCAAGUGCACAAGGAAAUCCGGUGUUCCGAGCUUCGUCAUCGAACGAAGAUCAGGGAUGCCCCUGAUUACGACAUGAAAUCGAAGACGAGUUUGGGACGGCCGCGAACGAGAUGGUCAGAACUCUUCGCGAGAGCUCUGAACGAGAGGAAUGCUGGGCCUCGUCUCCCUGAAGCAAGGGCGAUUCACUGA